CCAUGCGACCACCACAUAACCUCAAAACACUAAAAGCACGACGGAGAAGAGGUGCUUCUUUCGCAUUUUCCGCAUUUUCUUAGUGGAUUUGAGGGAGUUCUGGACAGAAAAGUGAUGAUGAUGAAGCGGAAACAACUGAAGCAGCUGCUGGUGGCUGAGAAUGCCUUUGUGAGCGAUUUGCUGCUGCUCUGCGAUGUGCCAGAUCCAGAGAAUGAAGAUGACGAUGUUCUUGAAGACACUGGGGGUUCCAGGAGUGCCAAACGUAUGAAAUUGAUGCUGAAAAAGACCCCCGCGGAAUUGAAAGCAGCAGCAGAUGCGAGAGCUUCCCGGACAGAAAGUGCCAUGAAGAACCGGAAAACUAAAAAUCCGAACCAGAAGAGGGAUAGAAAGUUGAAAAACAAGAAUAAGAAGAGCAAAAUACCCCAAGCAAUUUCUGUGAAAGUCGCCGUGAAGAAGGAAGCGAUAAUUAAGCAAGAGAACGCGAAUGAGAAGCCGAAAUUCAAUCAGGGAGAGAAGAUAAUCUUCAACAGGGUGGAAUUUGACCAGACGAAGAAGUCUAAGGGCGGAAUUCGCAAUCCGGAGAAGGCUCUGGAGAAGCUGAACGAGACAAAGGCCAAGAUCAGACACAUGAUGGAGUCUGGAGAGACUGACAAGGCACUGACGGCGAAGAGUGACUUGGCGUGGAGGAAAGCGUUCGACAGGAACGAAGGCAAGAAGGUGAAGGACAACAAGUUCGCCCUCAAAAAGUCCAUGGAUCGCAAGGAGGCGCAGAAGAAGAAGUCGGCAAAGAUGUGGCAGGAGAGGAAGAAGAAAGUGCAGGAGAAUAUUGAGGCCAGAGCUAAGAAAGUGGAGGAGAACAAAAAGAAAAAGUCUCAGGAUAAGCUAAAGAAGAAGGUGAAGAGACUGCAGAAGAAGGGGAAAAUUGUUAAUGUGUAGCUUUUCCAGGAGGGGCGAGAUGAAAAAAAU